UCUUCCUCCUCCCCGCCUCCUCUCUGCUCCCAGUCUUAGGAGGGGGGAAAAAAAUUAAAAGACAGAUUCCAAUGUGGAGUGCCAUGCACGUCGCGAGCCGCUGGGUUUGCACUUGGAAGAGAUUUUUCUACAUAGCUUUUUCUAAUGUGAGCGCAGGGAAGCAGUGGCAUUACUGCGCUUAGGAUUUUUAUUUUCUCGUAGGGAUCUCUCAAGUGCUCGUCGCAUUGGGUUGCACGCUCCACCCCCAGGGACCUGGUGUGGUGGAGAAAUUUGAACCCGCAGCCUUAGUAGCACCGAAAAGGCCGAGUUACCUGGGCUCUCCCUGAGUGUGGAGGAGGACAGGAGAGAAAUGACCACUGAACUCAUUUUUUAUAGGACUCCGUGAAGCUGGAUUCUGCAUUUCCCGAUUCAUAGACUCAUUUUGUGGAAUAGAGUUGACCGCCGUCUCCUCCGCGCAGCAUUUUAACUCUAAUAAGCAAAUGCCACCUCUGUUUGAACAUUUUGGUAUUUCCCAGAGAGAAAUCAUUUUACCUAAGGGAACUAACUGAAUUUUCAGCAUCACUGAAAUACCUCCACAAAAGGAUCUCGGGGGGUGGAAAAGCAACUGCGAAAUAACGGACGGAGAAAUUCCUUUGGAGUUGUUCCGUAGCAUAAGAGCAGAAACUUCCGAGCAAGUUUUCACUGGGCAAAAUGGGGGAACAACCCAUCUUCAGCACUCGAGCUCAUGUCUUCCAGAUCGACCCAAACACAAAGAAGAACUGGGUACCCACCAGCAAGCACGCAGUUACUGUGUCUUAUUUCUAUGACAGCACAAGAAACGUGUAUAGGAUAAUCAGUUUAGAUGGCUCAAAGGCAAUAAUUAACAGCACCAUCACCCCAAACAUGACAUUUACUAAAACAUCUCAGAAGUUUGGCCAGUGGGCUGAUAGCAGGGCAAACACUGUUUAUGGACUGGGGUUCUCCUCUGAGCAUCAUCUUUCGAAAUUUGCAGAAAAGUUUCAGGAAUUUAAAGAAGCUGCUCGACUAGCCAAGGAGAAAUCUCAAGAAAAGAUGGAACUUACCAGUACACCUUCACAGGAAUCAGCAGGAGGGGAUCUUCAGUCUCCUUUAACACCAGAAAGUAUCAAUGGGACAGAUGAUGAAAGAACACCUGAUGUGACCCAGAACUCAGAGCCAAGGCCUGAACCGACUCAGAAUGCAUUGCCAUUUUCACAUAGGCUCCGGACGCGCAGGCUCAGCGGCCAUGGCUCACAGGCCCAGCCGCUCCGCGGCAUGUGCGAUCCUCCCGGACCGGGGCACGAACCCGCGUCCCCUGCAUCGGCAGGCGGACUCUCAACCACUGCGCCACCAGGGAAGCCCUGCUCUUUAAUUUUUAAGAGUUCAGCAAUCAGCAAACAUUGGGAGGCUGAACUGGCUACCCUCAAAGGAAAUAAUGCCAAACUCACUGCAGCCCUGUUGGAGUCCACUGCCAAUGUGAAACAAUGGAAACAGCAACUUGCUGCAUAUCAAGAGGAAGCAGAACGUCUGCACAAACGGGUUACUGAGCUUGAAUGUGUUAGUAGUCAAGCAAAUGCGGUGCAUACCCAUAAGACAGAAUUAAAUCAGACAAUACAAGAAUUGGAAGAGACGCUGAAAGUGAAGGAAGAGGAAAUAGAAAGAUUAAAACAAGAAAUUGAUAAUGCCAGAGAACUACAAGAACAGAGGGACUCUUUGACUCAGAAACUACAGGAAGUAGAAAUUCGGAACAAAGACCUGGAGGGACAACUGUCUGACUUGGAGCAACGUCUGGAGAAAAGUCAGAAUGAACAAGAAGCUUUUCGCAAUAACCUGAAGACACUGUUAGAAAUUCUUGAUGGAAAAAUCUUUGAACUAACAGAAUUACGAGAUAACUUGGCCAAGCUACUAGAACGCAGCUAAGGAAAGUUAAAUUUCAGUGCCAAUUGAUUAAAAAAUAUACUGUCUCUCUUCAUAGGACUGUUUGGGCUCUGCAUCAAGAUUGCACAAAAAAUUUGAAUAUCCCUUGUCCAGGAGGAGGAUCUUUUGAAAAUUGGAAUUGUAUAUUUCAGUGUAAAUUUUAGAGUUCAGCUUGUAGCUAGUUGGGGAAAAAGAGAUGAAAAACUUGAACUACAGAUUACCUCCAUGUAUAUUAUUGGCCAUAGUUAACUAGAAAGUUAUAAACAGACACUUAAUGCAAUCUUUUUUUCUGAUAUUAGCCAAUGGGAGAAUUAACAAAUGUCUGGGUCACAUCCCCUUUUUGUGUUCAACACAGUGAAGGUUAUCUGCUUUUUAAAUUAAUUUAUUUAUGAUAUCUAAAGCUGUGUUUUGUGCAAAAACUUAGUGAUGAAAGCCCUGUCUUUUGUUGUAAUCGGAAUAAUUUCUCAGGAUAUUUUUGCACUGCUGGCAGCAGUGCCAUUACCAAUUAAUUCUUGCCAGGAGUGAGAGUGAGCUGCAUCUUUAAUUGAAACAUACUUACUAUAACUGGGUGUAUAGAGUUCUUCCCUUUUUUUAUACUGGAAGAUAUUUCACUCUGGUGACCACUCUGGUACACUCUGGUGUUCUCUAAUCUUGUCUGCUGUAUAGUUUACUUUUCCAUAUUGAUUCCAUGUAUUUAUGAGAAGAUAUUGUCUCCCAUUUUAUUACACAUUUUAAAGCCAACUAAUGAAGGCAGCUGAGUCCCUCCAAAAUUUUUCUUUUUAAAUUUCUAAUAAAUUUGACACACAGUACUGAAAUACAGCAGCCCGUCACUGGCGGUCUGGUCUAGCAAUGUUAAGUAUAUUUACAGAAUAUGCAGUUACAUUUAUUUAUAUAUUUUGCAAGAAAUCUUUUCUGAAUGAUUAAUGCAUUUCAAUUUACAAAUAAUAAUGGUUGUUGGGAAACUGUUUAUUAUAGAUCAUUUUAAGGUGUAUAGCUAUUUUAAAGGCGAUCCAUUUCCAUCGAGCAGCCAAUCAGAGGACUAUUGGGAUUGGAGCCGUGUACUCUGUCUGGGUCUUCACAUCAACCACGUCUCUAGUCAAUCCUCACAAGGCAAUAUUCUAAACUGUUAACUAGGCAUUUCAAAACAGGAAUUCAAUUCAGCGGGCUCUUCUCAGUGAACAGGAUUUAAUGUUGUUUUGAGGUAAUUUUAAAGGACUUUCAGCAAACAUGCAUUUCUUUAUAUAUUUCUUUUAAGAAACUGUUUUAAAAGUAAGUCAAGUGCUGUCUAGUCUGCUUAUGGAGUAGGAACUGCAUCAGAGUCCAUAUAUUCUUGCUGUCCAAUGCUUGUGACGUUGAGGAGGGUUCUUAUUUAAAGUGUAUGCUUGAGUAUCUGACUCCAUGGAGUUUACAAAUGCACUGACUUUUUGUUUGUACCCCAAAACAGUUGAAUUGUUAAGUACAGAAUUAAGCUGGUUAAUCAAUUUGUAACCAUUUUUUCACUCACAAACAGCUAAUCAACACUAGACAAUUUUGUUUUAUAUAUAUGUAUGUGUAUGUAUGUAAAUACAUACAUAUUAAUUUAUAUUAGAGUGAAAAAUAAAUGGUUUGUUUCUAAAGUUAGUUUCUAAAGUGAGUUUUCAGGUGUCUCUGAAAAGUUUAUAUCAGACACUUAAUCAUCUUGUAUUAUAUGUGCUAUGAUAUCAUGUAAGUUACCUCCAUCUAUUUUAGGGUAUUUGCCUCACCUGUUUAUAAUAGGGAGGAUAAUUUAGGUACACAAGCUCAGAGCUAUUUCUCUGAUAAAUCAGGUAAUAAAAUUUAUUUGAUUGAUGGAAUUUUGAAGUAGAUGUGAUUUUAUCCAUCAGUUUCUGAGUAACAGAGCACCAGAUUUUAAUUAAAAUAGGGGAUUUAGCACUAGGGAUCAGGAAAUUUGGUUAUGAAGAGUUAAAAAUUCAAAAAAAAAAUAGGACAAGCUGUUGAAAUGGUAAGUGAAUUAUUUUAAUGAUGUAAUAAGAUAUUUUUAAAUUUUGACAUAGUUGUCAUUUAAUGGGAAAAUAACUCACCAAAAUGUCUCCACUUGAAUUGUAUUGAUAUAUGAGACAUCUGUAAUUCAAUAUAUACAUAUACUCAUAUGUAUAUACAGAAAAUUAUUUUUACUAUUUUCCUAUGGACAUGAAAUCUAAAAUUGGAAAUUUUGUGAGUUUUUUCCUUUCCAAUAGAGUCUAAUUUUUUCUUUUUUUAGUGAUUCAACAAUUUCUUGAGGGCUGCACCUUUAAAUUCCCAGCUUGUCAUUAGACGUGUACAGUAUAUGGGAUAAGGUGGACACAAGUGCACAUAUAAAUAAAAUUUUCUUAUUAAGACUAUUUUAAACAUUCAUUUACAGUAGGAGAGUAUCUAGAAAUCAUCAUCUACAAGUCAUAAUUAGUUUGUAUGCCUACUGUAGUUUUCUUCAUUUCUGUAUUAUAUAAAUAAAAGUUUGCAUAUUAAAAUUUGAUUUUUCCCAGAGACAAGUAUUAUAUAAUGUAUAUUUAGAUCAAACUGUGGUAAUAUAUUUAUCAGAAAAUAAUGUUGGGGACUAUAGCCUGAACAUGUGGACUUGAAGUGACACAGAAAAGGAGAGCAGAGAUUGAUCCCAUUGUGUGUAAGUUAUUAUAACUAUGAAUUCUUGUACAAAAAAACAAUUGAAAAAAAGAAAAACAAAAAUACAGUUUUUAUUUUGAAAUACA